AUCAAAAGCUACUCCGAUAAGAUCCGUUCCGGCGCUUAUCGCGGGGUGACCGGCAAGGCUCUCAAGAACGUCGUUUGCGUCGGCAUUGGCGGGUCCUAUCUCGGUCCCGAGUUCGUCUUCGAGGCCCUCCGUACUGACCCUGCUGCUAAGAAGGCCGCUGAGGGCAGGACUACCAAGUUCCUUGCCAAUGUGGACCCCAUUGAUGUGGAGAGGGCCCUUGAGGGCCUCAAUGCUGAGGAGACUCUCCUUGUCGUCAUCUCCAAGACCUUCACUACUGCCGAGACAAUGCUCAACGCUAAGACCGUUCGCCAGUGGCUCUUCGAUAAUCUCGGCAAGUCUCCUGAGGUCGUCAGCAAGCACGUGUGUGCAUGCUCUACUGCUCUGAAGUUGACCAAGGAGUUCGGCAUUGAUGACGAGAAUGUCUUUGCCUUCUGGGACUGGGUCGGAGGUCGCUACUCUGUCAGCUCUGCUGUUGGCUGUCUUCCACUUGCCCUCCAGUACGGCUUUGACCAAGUGAACCAAUUCCUCGAGGGUGCCCAUCUGAUGGAUGAGCAUUUCCGCAAUACUAAGGACCUCACUCAGAACAUCCCGGCCCUUAUGGGCCUCAUCGCUGUCUGGAACAGCACUUUCCUCGGCGCGACCUCAACUGCCAUUCUUCCCUACUGCCAGGCUUUGGUGAGGUUCGUCGCUCAUAUUCAGCAACUUGAUAUGGAAAGUAACGGCAAGAGA